AUGUCGGUACAAACACUCAACAUCAACGGCCGAGAGGUCAAGUUCAAUACUGGUUUGUUCAUCGGCAGCGAGUUCGUCAAGCCCCAGGUCGAUAAAACUUUCCCCGUGGAGGACCCCAGAAUAGGAAAGACCAUUAUCGAGGUUUCAGAGGGUUCGGUCGAUGAUGUCGACAUUGCAGUCAAGGCCGCCCGCAAGAAAACGAAUGAUCCAGCAUGGAACGAGCUUAACCCUGCGGCACGAGGCCAGUUCUUGCUGAAGCUCGCAGAUCUGAUGGAGAAGCACUUCGACGACAUCCUUGCCAUUGAGAUGCUGGACACCGGAAAGACAAAGAAGCAAGCAGCCAACCUCGACCUCCCUGGCUCAAUCGACAAGGUCGUCUUUACCGGCUCAACAGUCACAGGCCGUGCCAUCCUCCGCGCAGCAGCAGACUCAAAUCUGAAAAAAGUCACACUCGAGCUCGGCGGCAAGAGUCCCAACAUCAUCCUCCCCGACGCCGACCUUGAGAAGGCCGUGAAAUGGAGCGCCUGGGGUAUCAAUAUGAACUACGGCCAGACAUGUCACGCGGGCACCCGCAUCCACGUGCACGAAGACAUCUACGACAAGUUCACCGAGCUCUUCACCGCGCGCAUGAAGGAAGAGGAGGGCGCAACCGUCACUCUUGGCGGCAAGGCGCACGAAGCGCCCGGCGGCGGAUACUUCAUCCAGCCCACGAUCUUCACAAACGUGACACCCGAGAUGAAGAUUGUCAAGGAGGAGAUCUUCGGCCCUGUAGUCACCGUCAUUACGUUCAAGACUGAGGAGGAUGUGCUUGAGCUCGCGAAUAACACAACGUAUGGCCUAGCUGCUGAAAUUCACACCAAUGACUACCAGCUUGCGAUCAGGGUCACCAACAAGCUAAAGGCGGGCACGGCGUGGGUCAAUAUGUUCAACCUUGUGCACUGGAGCAUUCCGUUUGGUGGGUAUAAGGAAAGUGGCACUGGGCGCGAGUGCGGUGAGGCGGCUCUGGAGAACUAUACACAGACGAAGGCUGUGUUCUUCAACAUGGGUGUCGAUGCGCCGCAGUAG